AAAUGCUAAUUGACGGCCUGUACGAGGGGUCACACAGUGAACACUGCGCUCAUUUAGUGAACUAACUGAGGGAAACGUUCCUGUAAGGAACCAAAGGAGACGACGUGAGAUUUGAUAUGAUGCAUUCUGUAGAUGUCAUUUGUUAUGAGACGUAUCUGGAGACAGCAGAAUGGUUGCUAUCAAGGAUCAAACGCCGACCAAAGGUUGCGAUAAUCUGCGGCUCUGGACUGGGAAUGCUUGCUAAGACACUCAAUGAUCACGAGUCCUUCAAGUACGAUGAUAUUCCCAACUUCCCUAAAAGCACAGUGAAAGGACAUAUGAGCCAACUUGUAUUCGGAGAGCUGAAGGGGAAGACUUGUGUCUGCAUGCAAGGGCGUUUCCAUAUGUAUGAAGGAUACUCACUCGCAAAGGUGACUUUCCCAGUCCGUGUGUUCCGACUACUGGGUGUGGAAGUUCUGAUCGUAACCAAUGCCGCUGGAUCACUAGCAGAUGACUACAGCACCGGAGACCUCAUGAUCAUCAAGGAUCACCUUAAUAUACCAGGCCUGGCAGGGCAACAUCCUCUCCGAGGCCCCAACGAUGAGCGGUUUGGAUGCCGUUUUCCCUCCAUGUCCGACGCAUAUGACAGAGCUCUGGGCAAGCUGACCCUGGACAUAAGCACUGAGCUGAACUGCAGCAACAUUAUGCAUGAAGGUGUUUACUGCAUGGUUGGAGGCCCCAGCUUCGAGACAAUUGCUGAGGCACACCUUCUUCACAGGCUCGGAGCUGAUGCUGUGGGAAUGAGCACUGUUCCCGAGGUCACCGUGGCGAGACACUGUGGCCUGCGAGUGUUCGGACUCUCUCUGAUCACCAACACCAUUACAAGGGAGUAUAACAACGUUGAAGUGGUGGACCAUGAUGAUGUCCUGAGUAUCAGCAAAAUGAGGACAGGUGUGGUGCAGAGCCUGAUAACGGAGCUGGUGGGUCGCCUGGAGCUGACAUCCACUAGAACGCAGGGCAUACAAGACAGAACGUAGAACAUUACAGCACAGUACAGGGCCUUUGGCCCACCUUUUAACCUACUAACCCUUCCCUUCUACAUGUAGGGGGUUUCGAUUUUUAUUUUACUGCGGAGGCUAAUUAAAAUGGCGUCUUUGUUAUGUUAAUCUGGGGAAUGCGGCUUUGUUGUCUUAAACGCUGAGAAAGUUUGCACUAGCAGCUUGUUGUGGUUUAGAGGGUGAUAAGAAGUACGUUAUUAACCAAUUGGGAUAGUUGUUAUGGUUUUGGUGUAUUUGAAGAUACUGUUUGUAUGGGGGUUUUGGGGGCAGAAGGUGGGAGAGCGAGACAGAGGAUGGACGAGGUGCUGUGAGUCCGCUAAUGGGGUCAGACCCCGAGCGGGACGUUCGGCAAGGAGACGGAGACGGACUCGUGUGGAGCGCCUGGUCGACCACCGUUGUUGGUCCCAGGGGGCCGGUCGAGGUGGUCCGAGGGGGUCGCAGGGUGAAGAAGAAGGUCCUUGAGCUCCAACGGUUUUGUGCACGAAGAGAUUGAACUUUGAUAAGUGUGGCGCCUUUUAUUUUCCUUUUAUAUUUUAUUCUCUUUUAAUUAUAUAGUUCCAGUAAUAUCUAUAAACUGUAUAUCAUUUAA